CAGGAAAAUGUCAAGGCAUCAGAUAUUCUGCUGAGAUCUUGCACAGUGGGACACCCAGAAAACAAUAAAGAGAGAAGAAGAACAGCAUGGACCGACCAGCAGUCAAGGUCUUCCACUACAAAGACAAGGAGCAGUCGUCCAACCUGCUCCUGCAUCUCAACAGACUGAGGCAGGACAACAUCCUGACCGAUGUGUCUCUGAGUUCAGAUAAUGUAGAGAUCCCAUGUCAUCGUAACGUCCUGGCCUCCAGCAGCCCCUACUUCACGGCCAUGUUCUGCCACAACUUCAAAGAGAGACAGCAGACCAAGAUUGAAUUGAAGGGCGUCACAUCAACCAUUCUGAGCAGUAUCGUUGACUAUGUUUACACAGGACUCAUUAGUAUCAGCAUCGAUAUUGUGCUGCCCCUGAUGCAAGCGGCAUCCAUGUUGCAAUAUGGCCGCCUUUUUGAGGCUUGCUCGAGCUUCCUUCAGGAGCAACUGAGCCCUGACAACUGUUUGAGCAUGAUAAGACUCUCUGAGAUCUUGAGUUGUAACAGUUUGAGAGACAAAGCAAAGGAGAUGGCCAUGAAAAGCUUCUCAGAUGUGUCAGUAUCUGAGGAUCUGUGUGAGCUCUCCUUACCAGAGCUCAUGGGAUAUCUUGAGGAUGACGGCCUUUGUGCAGAGGAAGAGCAGGUCUUUGAGACACUUGUUUCUUGGAUCCAUCAUGAUCCUUUAUCCAGGCGUGGUGCCAUCAGUGACCUUUUCAAGAAGGUUCGCCUUCGCCACAUCCAUCCCACAUACCUCUUCCAAUUCAUAGCCAACGACCCCCUAAUCCAGUCCUCUAGCCUCUGCACCGAGCUCAUAGAAUCUGUGAGACGCCUGAUGUUUUCUGUCAGUUCAAAAUGCAUUGGGGACACAGAUUUCAAACCUCUCUGGGUGGCACCAAGGCGCUAUUCCUACCAUGACAUCAUGGUGGUGGUAGGAGGGAGGAAGAACAGUGAGCAAACCUCGAGGGAGGCACUCGUCUUUGAUGAGAAGAGCGAGAAAUGGGAGUUCCUCACCAAGCUGCCCAUUCGUCUGUACAAAGCAUCCUAUGUGGCCCUCCACAGUGUCUUGUACGUUAUCGGAGGUCUAACCACAGAAACAAAGUACAGUCAAGCCAUCUACACCCUUUCCCUCAAGACCAACCAGUGGCGGACGGUAGAGCCCAUGCUGGAGCCGCGAUUUGCCCACCAGAGUGUCUCCUACCUCCACUUCAUCUUUGUCCUGGGCGGCCUUGGGCCUGACAGUCGACUGACAGGCAGUGUGGAGAGGUACAACAGUAUGUACAACCAAUGGGAGGCGAUGGCACCCAUGCCUGAGGCUGUGUUGUACCCUGCAGUGGCUGCGACUAACCAGAGGAUCUAUGUGUUUGGAGGACAGGAUGCCAUGCAGAACCCCGUCAGAAUCAUACAGGUGUAUCACAUUGCCAGGAACAUGUGGUCUAAGAUGGAGAACAGAACAGUGAAGAAUGUAUCUGCUCCUGCUGCCAUUGUGGAUGAUAAAAUAUACAUCAUUGGAGGAUACACUAGGAGAAUGAUUGCCUACGACACCAAGGCCAACAAGUUCAUUAAGUGUGCCAACCUGAAGGAGAGGAGGAUGCACCACUCUGCCACUGUUCUCAACAACAAAAUCUAUGUCGCGGGUGGACGCCACAUCAACGGCCACGAUGUCAUCGAGGACUUGGACAAUUUUGAUUGCUAUGACCCAAAGACAGACACUUGGACAUCUAAGGGGACGCUACCGUAUAAACUGUUUGACCAUGGCUCACUGACUCUGACGCAUGUCUCACAGACAUGGGCAAAAUCAUAGCCGAGGUCAUUAUCUAAUGCUAUUCAUUUGAAAACAGUACAUUUUAACUGUCAAUCAUGCAGAGAAAAUACUCUGAACUAUUCCUACUUUCGUGUGUGAUGGACUUAUUUAAAAGUCAAUGAGCCAUUAA